GUGAUGUAAAAAUGGCUGUCAACAACAAGUGAAAAUUUUAUGCAAUCAUUUCCCUGGCGUCUUGUCGUAGAUUGAAGUAAAGUAACAACACAGUUUUCUCCAGAGCUUCCAGAAAAUAUUAUGAAUGCUUGACUUAGCCAAUCGUGCAGACUCUGUGCCGGAGUGUGACGCGAUGUACGAUACUCCGGUCAGUUUACACGAAUGUUGUAUCGACUUCAUUUGCGACAACUUGAGCGCACUGUGCGAUGAGGAGCUAACGCCUCUUGGUCAUCCAAGGCUUGUGUUCAAGGACCAAGAUAUAUACUUCCAACACCAUCUGUCCGAGAGUUUACUCGAAGCGUUAUGCGAGAAGGGAAAGCUUACCGAUGAGUCCCUUACGUUGUUCGAUCCAAAAUUGAUGAAUUUACGUCAGGUUUGCAUACAAGAUGCACAGUUAUCUACUAAAGGCCUACGGACAUUAAAGCAACACAAGAUUUUGGACUUAGAAAUCACUGGGCUAAAAAGUGUUACGAUUAAUGAUGUGAUUGGAUGUUUAGGGGAAUGGAGCCUAACGAAUCUUCGUUCUCUCAAUGUUAGCAAUAGUACUUUCCUGAACAGCACAAAGUUUUGUGUAGUGGUUUCCCUUUCGAAACUACGAAAUUUAGUAAGUUUGAACGUAAGUCGGACAGAAUUUAAUAAACACGGACUUGAGAUUAUUGCCGAGGACUUGCCAAAAUUAGAAAAUCUGGACAUCUCGGUCACUCCAAUAGAUGAUAUUUCAGCAUUACGGAAAUGCAAAGAAAGGUUAAAAUUCUUAUCGAUGUAUUCCCUGCGUGCAGCGCAAACAUCUGACAUGGUACCAGUGCUUUCAGAAUUGACAAAGUUAGUACAUCUGGAUGUAUCUGACGAUUCAUUUCAAACUGUGCAUUCUAUCCUUUCUACAACACCGCCCCAGAAGUUUAAGGUCGCCAAUUUGCUGUCGAAAACGUCCUGCCUACCUCGUCUUUCUUCUCUCGAUAUAUCGGGAAAAGACGGAGUCACUGAAGAAUUGCUUGGUGAGUUUAUGAGCCAACACAGGCUCCGAUUCCUAGGACUUUCUCUGACUCCGGCCUGCAAGUUUGACCGCUUCAAAGAUACCAGCUGUCCAGAAUAUGAACCUGAACUUGUGGUGACGGGAGAAGCAACAGAGAAGCAGGUGGUGGAAUCGUUACGUCGCUACACGAACCGCGCCCUUUACAUGCAGAAGUCGCUCUAUACGCUGUUUAGCCUCACUCAGGAAAUGUUCGUGCCAAGGGAGGAUAUAAUUAAGAUUGUGUUACCAGCCAUGAAACAGCAUCCUCGACAACUCGGUGUUCAGAUGGCUGCCACAGCAUGUCUUUAUAACUUGUCGAAGGCAGAACUCGGUCAGAAAAUCCACCCACGUUGUCUAAAGCAGAUCAUUACCCUAACGCUGAGGGCCAUGGAGAAUUUCCCUAACCACCAACAGCUUCAGAAGAAUGCCCUGCUAACUCUGUGUAGUGACCGGAUGCUUCAAGACGUCCAGUUUGACCGAUUCCGAUGCGCGCGACUCGUCAUGGAGUGCCUCUGUCUGUUUGACGAUCCAAGCAUGAAUAGAAUGUCCGUCGCCAUCUGUUCAAUACUCGCUGCAAAGAUAUCCACCCAGAAAACUUCACAACUUGGUGCUAAGACUCGUUACAUGAAGAAAAUGCUGCAACUGGUUCGACAGAAAAUUGAGAACAACAGUGUGGACAUCACGCUGAAAUUUACGCUAAGUGCACUGUGGAACUUAACAGACGAGUCACCCGCCACAUGUAAGGUGUUUCUGAACGAAGGAGGUCUGGAGCUGUUUAUGAUGACCUUACAGGUUGUUUCCAGUAUGGACAUGGACACAAGAGUGCAGGUGGAAACAAAAAUACUGGGACUGCUGAACAACAUAGCAGAGGUAUCCAUCUUCAGAAACUAUCUGAUGAGAGAAGACUUCUUGAUGAUUGCAAAACGCCUGUUGAAAGCUGAGCAGAUAGAUGUGAGCUACUUUGCAGCGGGAAUCGUUGCCCACCUAGCCAGUGACGGGGAACAGUCUUGGCUGAUAGCUGGCACUGACAGGGCAGAUAUACUCACUGAACUGUACAAUGUUGUCUUGAAAUGGGAGCAGCCUAACGGAGAAAUGGUGGCCUACAGGUCUUUCAACCCAUUCAUCCCACUGUUAAAGUCCUCGGAGAUGCCUGCUGUACAGCUGUGGGCAGUGUGGGCCAUUCUUCAUGUCUGCACCAAGAAUGCCCAUAAAUAUUGUGCAAUGCUACAAGAAGAGAAGGUAUGUCAGAUAUUGGAGCUGGUGAUUUGUGAGCCGAGUCUCGACACGAACGUUCGUAACUUUGGCUCCCAGGUUGUCACCCUCGUUCAGACAAGCGGGAAGAAAGCCUCCCCCACCAUCUGUUGAGAAGGCGUUUUUUUCAUCUCUGGCUUCAUCAUGCAAAUAGUAUUAUGAUUGUUGGCCAUCAGCAUCAUUAUUAUUGCUGUCAUGAUUGUUGCCAUUGUUGUUGUUGUUAUCAUGGUGCUCCUCGUCGUCAUUAUUUUAAGUGAAGAUAUAAACAGUGUUAUGCUAUGUAAUGAAAUGAUGUGAUCAUGUUUUUUAAUAAAUAAAUUCUAAUGACAACUAAAGAUGAUAGGUUAGUUCAGAUGAAUAAGUUUUCAGUGGCAAGAGUUCAAGUUGAAAUACCAGUAUGAUGAGUAUCAUAGACCAUUUCAGAAAAGCCACUGGUUUGUUACUGUAGAUAAAACCUGGUCUUCUGUUAUUCAUUCUUUGACAAAUAUCUUUCAUGAUAUCUGGGAAAUGCGACUGUGAUACUAAUGUAGUUUUUGCGACACUGAGUAUUACUUUUGGCGUUAAUGGCGACAUCAGCUUAACCUUUGGAAGACAACAACUGGAGUAUUUAAUCAUCCAAUUAUGAUGAAACUUAGUUUGAAUAUGGGAUAAAUUGUGUCAUUAACUCUGUUUAUGCCACCUGUACAUUAAGAAAUAGUAGGUUAAUAUCCAGUGCAGACAAUAACAUAAGUAUUGUUUAUCCAAUCAUGAUACAACUUGGUGACAGUGAUCAUCUUCGCAAUGUCCAAUGUCCAGAUCAACAUCAAGCUAUGCCCUUUUACAUUAAAAUUUGGUUGGUUUAUUCUACAUUUGUAUAUUCACACAAUAACCCAAUUAUACUAAAACUUGGUUAGAGUGUUUGUUAUCACAAUGUUGGUCGAAGGUCCAGAUAAAGUUUGAUUUUCAGAUGAAUUGCCAUAGGAACACCAAAGUUAUGCCUAUUCAACAGUGUUAAACAAGUUUGGGUACAACAGUCGGACAGUUUUUUUAUGAUUUCAGUUUAUGUUUCAAUUGAUAUAGUUGGUUUGACAAUUAUGGGAGAAAUUAUAGUUGUUGACAGUCUUUAAUAAGGACUUGUUUAUGGUUGAAAGAAAAGAAGAAAUGGGUAACAGACAAUGUUUCAAAAGUUGUAUUUUUUGUCAUGGAAUUCACAAUAAUUAUUUACAUGAACUUAAGUCAUUAUGUUCACUAUGCUAUUAAUAUAAUUAUUUCUUGUUGAAAAGUUGUUACAAUUUUGUGUGUUUUAUUUUGCCAAUUAAAAGUGAUUGUUAAGAUUUAAUUACGCUAAAAAAAUAAAUUAAUUGUUACAAAUUUUGGUUAUGCCGGUCAUUAAGAUAUAUAGCUCUAUUGUUGAUUGCAAUAACAUUACGUUGAUAUGAUAAGCACAGAGUAUUGACUUUGUGGGUAAUAAUCAUGGAUAUUUUAUUAUGCGUUGAUUUUAAAUUCACUGUAAUACUCGUAUUAUGAAAUAUUGUAUCACAGGUGUAAAAAAUCAUUUAAAUAAUCAUCUGAAUGAAUGGUUGGUAAUAAGAUUAAGAGCAAGAUUUAUUUUCUAUUUUCUGCUCUGAUAUCUGUUUUUUUGAAGAUUUGUUAUGCAUUGUCAUAGCCUUGGUGUGGUUGGCAUACAAAACCUUUAACCUUGGUCAUUACUGAACAUAUUUAAACGAAAGUAGGUACACAUGUAGUCAAAGACAAUAUGCACAUGUACAGCAAGGCCUAUAACUCUUGCAUAAAUAACUUUUGAGUUAUGCCCCUUUUGAGACUGAAAAACAGACAAGCAUUGAUGUUCAUCAGGCAGCACUCUUGUUUAUGGCUCUUGCUAUUAGGUGAAGUGAAAAAACUCUUUGAUAUGACUUAUAUUAGUGAAAAAGAUUUUUCUGGAAAAAAAAAAUUCAAACAAUUCUUUGUCUUCAUUCAUAGUGAUGUUACAAUGUUCAAGGCCAAACACUGAAAUACCGUAAGAAUUUUGGCUUGAUGUGCAAAAUUGUGGUACUCCUGGUUUUAUAUGAUUUACACCUUGCAUUAUGAAUGUGUAAACAUGUCAAUAUAUUUUUUGCAUUGAAAGACUGUGUGCUUGUACGAUUAUCAUCAACAGUUUACAUUGUGUAAUGAAAUGAGCAGUGGCUUGAAUUCAUCAUUGUAAAUUCUAUGUAUGUUUUGAUUGUGUAUAUGGUUAUUAUGCUGUGCUAGUUAUCAUUGUGAUUUAGGGUCAUUUCCGCACAGUUACCAUUCCUGCCUGGUCCAAAUCGACCCCUUGACAAACUCGGUCUCGUACACUUCCGCCUUCCUUUUAUUAGCAUCUAUGUUCUCAAAAUAAUCAGAAUAAAUAACAAUUGAUUAACUUUUCUGUAAUGUCUGUAAUGUUCACUGACGAAGACAUUGUUUUGUUUAUAGUUGCUUUUAAAGAUGGACAUUGACUCCUUAAUAAGCAGUAUCACUAUUAAUACAAUUGUCUUAAUUUUCCAAAAAGGAUGAAUAAAUAUUGAAAACAAUGGUUCUUAUGAAGGGUUCUGUGUUUAACAUGAAGGAAAGGUGCUAUGAGACGAUGGUUGAUCUCGAUAAAUCUUUUUAGCACUCACCAAUCAUUUAAUAUUUGAGCGGUUUCAGCUAUUUAAUACACAGUUACAAUCUUGUUAUCAGUAAUUAAUAUUUUCUACAAAUACAUUAUUAAGUAAGCAGUAAAAGGUUUUUCACUCAAAAUUUAUGUUUGUUAUAAUGAUUAUAAAUACGAGUAUCACUUUAAUUAUAUUCAGGCAUUUGCAUAUUUAAGAGCAUAUUGUUGUAAACAAUGUUAUACCAUAAACAUAACGAUGAACACUAUUUAUACGAAAAAAACAAUAGUAGGCUGAAUUGGUUUAGGCCGAAAUGAUAACUGGUUCAAAUUGACCCAUAUUAUUAUCCAUAUUAUUAUUUGUUACCACAUCUUCAUUUAGUUGUCUUGCGAUGUGAUCCUUUUGUAUAUUUCUCUAUUUUCAUAUUAUUUUUAUUGCUUUCAAACAUUUAAUCCUCAUUUUAUGAUAUUUACUAUUAUAUCUUAUUAAAACAUUUGAGUUUACAUUAAGUAUUUUCUUAAGAGAUUCUAAUCUAAGGAACUAUGAGAGGAACGCUAACUAUUCUACCUCUAUAAUACCAAAAUACUUUUUUAGUCUGCUGAUGGUUUGGGAGACUGAUUGUAGAGCUUCAGAUAAUAUUGAUAUAUCACUUAUUAAUGACAACCUCCUGUCUAAGUUUUCAUGGGUAGAUUGGAAAAGAAUUAGUUUCAAAAAAUAUUGGGACAAUCUUCUAAACGAUAAUUGAUCAUAAGUUUUUGGAAACUUUCAUUUUAAGUUGGGAUGCGAUAUAUUUAUUAAUAAGUAGGUUCGAUGAAAACGUUACACAAGGUUUAUUAAAACAUGGAAAUUAAAACUUGUAAAUCUGACACUUGAUAAGCAUUUUCCUUCACAAAGAAGUGGCCACUUCAGCCACCAAUUGUUCAUUCCUUUGUUAUAUAACUUUAUAACUUAGUUGACUGGUCUGCGCAUUCGCUUCUCACCUAUGAGACCAGGGUUCUGUUACUGGCCUGGGCUCAAGUGAGUUCUGUCUGUGGUCACCAACCCAGACAUGUGGGUUUCCCCCACAUUACAAUAUCACACUCUUACGUAACAUCCUGCCAGCAGUGAUUAAUAUAUUAAUGUUGUUCCACAAUCAUUGCAAAAAAACUAAGUAAAUUAAACUAAUAACUUUUGAGUAAAAAUGCGUAUCUUUGAGGAUAUGGAUAAUGGAGUAAAUUGGCCUAUCUAUGAAGGAAAGGUUUUCAUUGAAUUUCUAAAACCUACAAUAUUUUGCUAUACCCUCUUUGAUAAGAUGUCUCCGAUAUUAUCUAGUGUCAUGAUGUUACAUAUGUAAUUCUUAAAUAUAAUUAGUAGCCAUUUCUUUACAUUUCGUUUUCUAUGCUAGGAUUGUUUAUCAUUGUUUAGAUGUUUGUUAGUCAAUUGUUAUCAUAAUGUCAAUACACAUGUGCAUAAUAUCAUGUUUUAAAAUCUGUCAUUAAAGAAUGUUGUUUUUCAGAUAACGCUUUUCUUUUCUUUUUUAACUUUGUAUAUUCAUUGACCAGAAAUUGUAGUUAUUAAUUUUUGCAUUUCUUAAUCUUUAAAUCAGCAUGAGCUUUGCACAGCCAUCUGCUGAAUUAAAUGUUUAGCAUAACAAAAAUAAAUAAUACCUUCCUUAAUGUUGAUGAGAAUGCCACUAUUAUAGCCAGGGUACUGGCUCGAGUGACUGAAUAACCCAACUGAUAAAAUAAAUUCAUAGUCUUAAUGGAAAUUUAUAGGUUGUUCUCUUCAGUGAUUUUAAAUUAUUAAAUCAGAAUCUGGCAAGCGAUCUCAUUGGUUGACACAUGAGCGUAAACACUAAGGUCACAAUGAGCUGUAUGAUGAUUUCUCUGACAUAUAAUUUCAAGGUCUAGGAAACAUAUAGCAAUCAAAGAUCACUUCAAUGUCUCCUCCCUACUUCAUAAAUAGAUAAAAGAAUUUUAAUACAACUUGGAACAAUGUGCAGAGCGCAUUCUCCACCUGUCGAGCUUCAAUUAAGAUAAAAGAGAAGUGAAAAGUGUACUAAGACUUUGCAAUUGUGUCCUUGUUUUGGAACUAUUAACAUAUAUCACAGACAAUCCAAGGUUUGACCUGGAAGUCAGUUUCAAUGUUUGAGCUUUAGUUAGGGACCUAUGCUUUGUGGUCGUGUAGAAGCUUAAAUAAUUGUACUCGGGCCUUGCCCAUUAGGUGAGUGCUCUGAUAAGAUUGCAAGUCAUUUUAGGUUUUUGGAGCACAGUGCACAGACAGAAUGCAACCCUAGUUCUAUUAAUGUGCACUAGUGUAUAGCUGUCACUGUCACACGGUACCUCAUUUAACAUCCCUCCAGAAAACUGGUCAAGGUUACAAUAGAGACUAUAGUGCUUGACAUCAAAGCGCAACCUUUAAACAUUAGAUGUUCAUGACACCAACAUUUCAAAUUUUGUUAAGAUUAUUUCAAAAUCAGUAACAUUCUGAAAUUGGUUAAGCCAGUUUCUUGGGGAAAACCCAGUUUAACAAAGAAAAUUAAAAACAUUUUUACUAGAUAUCUGCAUUUGGAUCUGUCUCCUGUCGAGAGCUACCGGAUUUUUUUAAGUGAUAUCAAUUUUUAAAUAUACUGGUACAUGUAAAUUGACAUGGAACUGUCUUGAUCAUGCUAAAAAUAAUGUUUUCAGGUCAUUUUUAAUUCUAUUACAAUGUUAAUAUCAUUAUAACAGGUUUUCCCAGAUAUUGGCUCAUUUAUAACUGAUUUGCAACACAAGGGGAUGUGCCAAAGGAAUAUCACAAG